UUAUCGAGUGGGUGUAUAUAUUUACCAUCUCCAGGGUGAGAGGGAGAGAGCGAGAGAGAUCGAGAUCUCGAGGCUCUCUUCGUGGCCGCAUUGUCUCUCGCGUCGCUUCCAGCCUUGUCCGCUUAGUAGUUUGGGCUACGUAGGAGGGAGAGAGGUCGUAGUUACUUUGUUACAGCUAUCAACAUGGCUUCUGGGAAAUAUUCGCGUUCGGAUUCUAGGACAUCAUCAUCAUUCUGUUCGGCCACAACUAUUACUGUGUUGAUUGCCGUCUGUUUAGUUGGGGUGUGGAUGAUUGCAUCCUCAACUAAAUCCAGAGAAGAGGUUCUAUCACUUGACACUGAAUCUGACACAAGUGAUGAAACUUCUCCGGCUAGCUUUAAAUACACUUCAAGUGCUAGGACUGAACACUCAGUAAAUGAAGAUCCUACAAAGGGGUAUAAUAAUGAGAAUAAUCCUAAUUCUUCAGACGGUAGUGAUGGAGAAGACAAUAAGGAUAGUGGAACAACUGAGGAAAACAAAGAUGCAGAAAAGGUUGAUGGCACAAGUGAUGAGACUGGUGGGCAAGAAAAUGAUGGGGUCGAGAACAAUGAUGAAAGCAAUGAAAACAAAAUUGGUUCUCAAACAAAUGAAAUAGAGGAAGAAGUGGAUCAAUCCUCUAAAGAAGGCAAUGAAGAAAAUCAGCUCAAGGACAAGGGUGAGAAUGAGAUUUUUCCAUUAGGGACUCAGUCAGAGCUUUUGAAUGAGACUAAUAGUGAGAACGGAGCAUGGUCUACUCAAGCUGUGGAAUCAAAGAAUGAGAAGGAUGUCCAAGCUUCAUCUUCCAAGGGCCAAAAUGUAGAACUCAGCUGGAAACUGUGUGAUGUAAAGGCUGGAACAGAUUAUAUCCCAUGUCUUGACAAUGAAGCAGCUAUUGGGAAGCUUCGAAGCACUAAACAUUAUGAGCACAGAGAGCGACACUGUCCUGAUAAUGCACCGACUUGCCUUGUUCCUCUUCCUGAUGGAUACAAGCCACCAAUUAAGUGGCCUAUGAGCAGGGAGAAGAUAUGGUACAACAAUGUUCCCCGGACCAAGCUUGCAACAGUUAAAGGACAUCAGAAUUGGGUGAAAGUCUCAGGAGAGUAUCUCACAUUUCCUGGGGGUGGAACUCAGUUUAAGCACGGUGCACUUCACUACAUUGAUUUCAUCCAAGAGUCAUGGCCUGAUAUUGCAUGGGGGAAACGAACUCGUGUCAUCUUAGAUGUUGGAUGUGGAGUAGCUAGCUUUGGUGGCUACAACUUUGAUAGAGAUGUCUUGACCAUGUCACUUGCACCCAAAGAUGAACACGAAGCCCAAGUGCAGUUUGCUCUUGAGAGAGGAAUUCCAGCUAUAUCAGCAGUCAUGGGAACUCAAAGACUUCCAUUUCCAAGCAAAGUUUUUGAUGUUGUACAUUGUGCCCGUUGUAGAGUACCAUGGCACAUAGAAGGUGGCAAACUUUUGUUGGAAUUGAAUCGGUUGCUGCGACCUGGUGGUUAUUUUGUCUGGUCUGCAACUCCUGUUUACCAAAAUCUUCCAGAAGAUGUUGAAAUUUGGAAAGCUAUGUCUUCCCUGACAAAAUCAAUGUGCUGGCAAAUGGUGACAAGGAGAAAUGACACGGUAAACCAAGUGGGUUUAGCUAUUUUCAGAAAGCCUUCUGAUAAUAAAUGUUAUGAGAAGAGAGCAAAAGACAACCCUCCUAUUUGCCAAGAGACUGAUAAUCCAGAUGCUGCCUGGUAUGUUCCUCUACAAGCAUGCAUUCACAAAUUGCCAGUGAAUCCCAGUAGCCGCGGCACAACAUGGCCAGAACAUUGGCCACAGAGGCUAGAAAAGACACCGUAUUGGCUAGAUAGCUCUCAGCUUGGCGUUUAUGGUAAACCUGCACCUGAAGACUAUGAAACUGACUAUGACCGUUGGAAACAUGUUGUAACUAAAUCUUAUUCCAAUGGAAUGGGAAUCGACUGGUCUACCAUCAGAAAUGUUAUGGAUAUGAGAUCUGUAUAUGGCGGUUUUGCUGCAGCUUUGAGGGACAUGAAUGUUUGGGUCAUGAAUGUUGUUCCAAUUGAUUUGCCGGAUACACUCCCCAUUAUCUACGAGCGAGGGCUGUUUGGGAUGUAUCAUGAUUGGUGUGAGUCAUUUAGCACCUAUCCAAGAACAUAUGAUCUCCUUCAUGCAGAUCAUCUAUUCUCGAAACUUAAGAAAAGGUGUUCAUUGUUGUCGAUAAUAACGGAGGUGGACCGGAUAUUGCGACCCAAAGGGAAAUUAAUUGUACGUGACAAAGCUGAUACAAUUGAUCAGAUAGGGAGUAUGGUCAAGUCUCUCAAGUGGGACAUCAUCCUAUCUUAUUCAAAGGAUAAGGAAGGACUGCUAUGUGUUCAGAAGUCGCUGUGGCGUCCGAAAGAGGUUGAAACAAGCAUGUCAUUGUAAUUUUGUCAGUCUUGCUUCAGAAUCUACUCUUUUAUCAUUUCUCCUCUAAUUAUUACAAAUUGCAAUAUUUCUAUUUUUUUUCUCAAUCUAGCAGAGAUUUAUUGUAUCCACUCUUAUCCAAGAUAUUAACUUCAGAUACUCUUAAAGAAUCGAACUAGGCACCUGAAAUCAAAUAAAAUGGUUUUCGUGCAA